UUAACCAUUGGGAGGUGAAUACUGCGCCUGGGGACUUCGCCGCACUAGUACGGCAACCUGAUUGACAAACAUCACCAACGCCCAUAAACUGGCUAUAGGAAAUGAAUCAAGUCGUGGAAAGAGUCUCUUUCUCAGAUAAUUGAGAAAAGAUACACCCUGCUCAGCGCGCUCCUCGUGUAAUAGCACAGACUCAACUGCUCAAUAGGGGCUGGUGAUUUCAGACUAGAGGUGUCUCUAUUGCAUAACUCUCGUUCUACUCCUUUUUGAUUUUUCUUUUCGCCUCGCUUUUUUCACUUCGACUACCGGUAGCAUAUCAGUUCUGCGUUCUCAUUUCUACUGUCCAUUUGCGUCCAUCCAAAAUGGCAACACGAAUCGAUAAAGAGGCUUGCAGGGAAGCUUAUAACCUCGUCAGAGACGAUAACACAGAGAUAAACUGGGCCGCGUUUAAAUAUGAGGGUCAUAUGAUUGUGCCGGCGGGCCAGGGGACUGAUUAUGAAGAAUUCAAGAGUCAGUGCACAGAUGAUGUGCGUCUCUUUGGCUUUGUGCGGAUCACGACGGGUGACGCCAUGAGCAAGCGUGCCAAGUUCACCCUCAUCACCUGGAUAGGGGAAAACGUGAGCGGCCUGCAGCGUGCCAAGAUCAGCACUGACAAGACAUUGGUGAAAGAUAUUGUCCAGAACUUUGCCAAGGAGUUCAUGAUCAGUGAUCCUCGUGAGCUGGAGGAGGACUACAUUCGCACCGAGCUGAAGAAGGCGGGUGGGGCCAACUAUGACGCCCAGGGAGAGUAGAGGAGAGUCCACCAGGG